GAUAACGACGCCGUGAACCAAUAAGCUGGCUCAUUUCACGACGGGACGUGAUAUCGCUUGAACAAACUGAUAAGAUAAUAAACACACAAGAGAGCAAGGUGUUUUUACAGUAACGAUUCAAAAAUCGAGGAAGAUGUACUACUUUACGUUAUGCAAAGUGUUAGUAAUAUUAGGAUGCGUCACGUCGGGACUCGCUGCGAAGAGCAAAGAGUGCGACGUGCUAGUGGUGGACGAGGAUAACGUGACAGUCAACUGUUCCAAGCGAGGGAUCUCCGACAUACCGGAUAGCUGGCCGGUGCAACUGGCCGCAGUAAACAAAGACAGCCAGGUGCGGAUAACACUGUUCAACAACAGUAUAACAGAUGUGACGCAGUUCCCCGCAGCGCCAGGCGCACGUGUCGCGAUUUCUCUGCGGGGCAACCGCAUUGUGGAGAUACGGGACGACGCCUUCAACAACAUAGAGAGACUCUUCUUCCUGGACUUGAGCUACAACCGGAUUACAGGUGAAGUGCUCAGAAGCGAGAUAUUCCAAGGGCCGUACGAUGACGGCGUGUACGCCAACAUCGCGCUGGAGACGCUCGACCUGGCCCAUAACGAGAUCCAUUCGCUCGACCGAUACCUGUUCCAGUACACGCCCAACCUAACGCGACUCGACCUGAGUGACAACCCUAUUGAAAUACUCGACGUCGUCACUAUACUUGCGCUGUCAAGUGCUACUAAAUUAGAGGUCCUCAACUUGUCAGGCACGGGCAUCGACGACAUACCACUGAACGCGUUCAGAGGUCUGGUCAACUUGCAGAUGAUAGAUCUGUCCAACAACAAGUUCGUCACGGUGCCCGAGAGCCUUAGUCUCGUCGGCAGCACUUUGAAGUACCUCACGUUCAAUAACAAUCCCAUAGUCGAAUUGAAUGACGACAGCUUUAUUGGUUUACAUAACUUAUACGAGUUGGAAGUUGGCGAGAACCAGCUCUUGGAGGAAGUGAAACGGAGCACUUUCACACCUCUUAAACGACUGGGGGUGCUUCAUCUGUGCCACAACCCGAACCUGAGGUUCAUCAGCCAUCUCGCGUUCCGGGGACUCAAGGACAAGUGGACUUUAAAAGAGGUAUACCUUGAUGACAACAAUCUGAGCGAGCUUUCUACAGACCUGAUGCCAUGGAGUAAACUAGAAGUUUUGGGGAUGACAAAUAAUGACUGGUUAUGCAACUGUGAUUUGGCAAACAUUGUGACUCUACAGGAAGCUGGUACUAAGUUUAAGCCUGGAGAAAUACCUUAUUGUGCAGCCCCAAUGAGAUUAGCCGGAGAGUACAUAACUAACAUAACAGGAUUCUGUCCUACAUUAGACUCAACUCCUGAGACAACUAAAAAUAAGAAGUUCAGUUUUGGCAACUUAAGACCUAAACAUCUACUGUGGAGCAUUUUUGGAGUAGCCAUGGUAGCAGUAUUUGGAAUGCUUCUUGGUUUACUAGUCAACACAUUGAAAACAUUUUACAAAACUAAGGUCAAAAGUCAGCCUAUCAAAUACAUCAACAUCAAUUCUGAUACCAGCUUUGCAUAAAAUUGUAUUUUCAUUCAAAUUAUUAUUGUAAAGAGAUUUUAGAAAGAUAAAUUAUUAUUAGUCCAUAAUACUGUACAUAGUUGUUUUGUUUAUAAUUCAAAUAAAGGUGCUAAAUUCAAA